AUGGUUGCCCGUUUCCUCUGGACCUUUCCUUACGCCUCCGUAAAGCAUCCGCACAUCGGUUGCGUCUCGGUUGUUUUCCCCAGAAGUGGGACGGACCCUCGGGUGUCGUUCGUCUUCGGGAGGCAUGCGGGGGGUGAGCCGCUGGGCGGCUGGUGGGGGGUGUCGGGGUUCGCGGCCGGUGCCUCUCCUCCCGGGCGUGAGGUUCUUGAGUUUUCGACUACGGUUUCGACUUACCUCGUUUGUUUGUGCAGCGUCCGGGGUCUGGGGGAUCGGGCGUAUUUCCGGUUCCGGUGGGUUUCAUAUCCUUGUAAAGGGAAACGGUAUUGGCCUUCCGUGGGCAGCCCGUGGCCUGAAGCACCGCUUUCCACUAUCUGGAGCUGUUGCGCCCCCACCGUGCCACGUCCCUUGACACCUGUUGUGCAUGAUCGCCAGCUGCUUUGUUAG